UUAACUAAAGAUCUUUCCAUGUCCACUCACGCAGUUCAUAUCUUGGAUUGGGCAUGCCACUCAGUUUUUUAUGCAGAACCAAGUUACUGCUGUAUGUGACAGAGCUAUAUUAAAUACUAUACAGGGCCAGAAUGUGGUUGCAAGAAAGUGAAAACUAGUGGAGAUGCACAUUUUUGAAAAUGACAGAUUCUUUGUUCCGGUAAAAAAAAAAAAAAAAAAAAAAAGACUUCCUGUUUUUAAUUGGAUUACUCUAACCAUUCAGCAACAACCAUUUAAAUGAAUACAUUUUGCUAAGUUGUGGAGGACAAAUUUCCAUCCAGUCCAGUGAGAAAUUAGUGACUAGUGAGGUUUAGAAUUCACAUGCAAGGACUCACUAAAAUCUGGAAAAAUUGGCUCAGAUGGCCAAACUUCAGCAGUUUCAACAAAGUUUCAACAUAAAAAAAUCCAAGAGUGAACUGGUAGACGCUGUAGUAAUAUUAAAUAUCAUGUUUAUGUCUUUGUAAUAUGCACUAUAUGAAGACAAUUUUCUAAAAGGAAGCCAUCAAAUCAUGCAAGUUAAGUAUCUAUGCAUAAAUCCACAAAACAAAUGUUUCUUCUCUCUUUGGAAGUAAUGUGGCACACACUUCUGCCCACAUAGUCCAUGGUUUGAGUGCCUUGUGUUGCUCCCAACAAAUAUCCUCACGGAUGUUUCAGGAGUCCUCCCUCCCCUUCCAAAGAAACUUAAUCUGCCGUUGACAGCCAAUGUUAGAGGCUCUAGCACCAAACGGAUCAAGUGUGCAUUGUAAAAAGGCAGCUUGGUGUUCAACUGGGCAGUGCCAUGUUGUUAUUGUUAACCGCCUUGUGCUUCUUGAGGCCAUAUUAAGAAGUGUUAACAGAUGAUGCACGCCAGUCCUGUGAAACAUCCGAUAGUGACACCGCCCUAAGGAACACAGCGUGGUGGGGGUUGACCUAGUGCCCUCACACCUCUUCAUCAAAUUGGCUGCCUUUACCGUUGUUAUGCAGAUGUAGCUGAUUAGUCUGGCUUUAUUGAUUGACUUUUUGAUGUUAAAUCAGGUCCCUCAAUUUAUGACUCGGCCACUGUAAAUCCUCAAACUGCCUGUGACACGCCGGAGACAUUGAUCAGUGGCUUUUUGUCCUUUACUCAGCCCUGACUCAUUCCUGCCAAAGGAAAACACAGGCCCCCUAGUCAAGUGUAAAUGAGGUAGUAAUACAAUAAGACAUGGGGCUUUUGUAAUGGCAUGCCUGUAGUCUAAGGGAAUUGUGUGGAGUAGUUUGUAAAUCUAUACACGCAGCUUACACUUUACUCUGUGUGUAAGGGGCACUGUGUGCUUUAUAAGCUUGCAACACCGGUAUGGUAAAAGUGUUUCCAGCGGCAAUAGUGACAACGGUUGCAGCUAUCGGUGCCAUGAUGUGAGACUAUAUACUGUCUGAGAUUUGGGAUAUUGGUAUAUCUUGAUAUGGCAUAAAUGUUGUCUGUUCCUGGUUUUCUUACCAGAUUUAUGGGACUUGCUCUAGCUGUUCCAAUGUCGACUCUACUCACUUGGUCAUUAUAUCCACAUUACUGAUAAUUAUUUAUCAAACAUCACAUUCUGCUGAUAUUCUGUUAAAGAAUUUAUUUAUUUGGCCAAAACUGAGUGACAUUUGAUUUUUUUUCAUAUCACCGAGCCCUGUAAUCACCAACAGGUAAACAAAGUACUUAGAGAGCACUCCAUAAUUGUGUGUGUGUUUUAUGUCAAAUAUAUAUGAAGCAUACAGUGUAUUGCUAGAAAAGAGAUUGGUUAAAUUGGUUGUAGUAUUGAGGAAGACAUUUUAGUCAGAAGAGAAAAAGAAACUUUUUUUAUUAUUAUUCCUAAACAAACUAAAUGAAUAAACUGUCUUUGUUUUCAUGACUGAAUAAACAAACUAUUUCAUACUGUUUGGCUUUGUUUAUCUUUGGCGGACCCUGCCACCUUUUCCAGCUUCAAAUUCCCUCAGAGAACAAUGUGUUUAUUAGGGUAUGUAAACCAUUUAUAUUUAGAAUUUUGUAUUAUCACCUGAUUCAAAUAGUAAAUAUUAAAAUUAUGAGUUUUGGUUUCUCCUCCAAAACUACAUAUUGCGCCUUUAAAAACGCCAAUAAUAGAGACACUACUCGACUUUUUCCGUCGAACAUCCCAGAGGAGCACACAGCGACAGCCUGAAGCCAGACAUGUCAAGUGCACACGCAACAGAAAACGCACGGUGUUGAUGGGAGUUUGUAUUCCAACUUGCAGUUUCCUGGUCUCUUCCUGUGUUUCUUCGUGCCUCCCUGGUUGGUUUGAACGAGGCUGACACCGCUCGUCCAAUGAUAUGAGUCCACAUGCAGCGCAGGGAAGAGGGGCAGCAGUGAGGCACUUUGAUAAAACCAGGCUGUCAGCGCCGUGAGGAGCCACAGCGAGCUGCGCCACUGUGAGGCCACGGCACGGAGAGGUAGCGCGGAAGACUGGAUCGGGUGAAUGCAGUCCUCAACACGGGACACUGCUGCAGCCAGUUUACCACCAUUUUUGGGGACAAGAGGACACUCGGAGUGAGCUCCACCCGGACGGAGAAGAGGAACCUGUCUCCACACAACAUUUCGGCGGGAAGAAGAUCCUGACGGGAGCCGAGGGGGGACGCCGUAGACCGCCGCCAGUAGCUGUCGACAGCCAUCCGAGUGUGAAUGCUCAGCUCUCAGUUGGUAAACUCCUCAUCCGCCCCAAAGUCUCGCUAGUUUUUUUUUUAAGCUCCUCAAGGUAGCGUACGGCAGUGUUUCGUGUCCGAGCUGUGUGGGAAGGAGCCCUCUGUCCGCCAUGGAGAACGCUCACACGAAGAGCGUGGAAGAAGUUUACAGUUAUUUCUGCGUCAACGAGAGCACAGGACUUUCCCUGGACGAGGUGAAACGUCAGCGGGAGAAAUGGGGCCUAAACGAGUUACCAGCAGAGGAAGGGAAAUCCUUGUGGGAGCUUGUCCUUGAACAAUUUGAAGAUUUACUUGUUCGAAUUCUUCUGCUGGCUGCAUGUAUAUCUUUUGUCCUGGCCUGGUUUGAGGAGGGAGAAGAAACUAUCACAGCCUUUGUGGAGCCUUUUGUGAUUUUACUCAUCCUUAUAGCCAAUGCCAUUGUUGGUGUGUGGCAGGAACGCAAUGCUGAGGAUGCCAUUGAGGCGCUUAAGGAGUAUGAGCCUGAGAUGGGCAAAGUGUACCGGCAGGACAGGAAAACUGUUCAGAGGAUCAAGGCCAGAGACAUCGUGCCUGGUGACAUCGUGGAGGUUGCUGUUGGAGAUAAGGUCCCUGCCGACAUCCGUAUCUGUUCAAUCAAAUCAACAACUCUGAGGGUAGACCAGUCCAUUCUGACCGGUGAAUCUGUCUCUGUUAUCAAACACACCGACCCUGUGCCCGACCCUCGUGCUGUCAAUCAGGAUAAGAAGAACAUGCUCUUCUCUGGUACCAACAUUGCUGCUGGGAAGGCCGUGGGUGUGGUCGUGUCCUCCGGUGUUAACACAGAGAUCGGUAAGAUCCGUGAUGAGAUGGCAGCCACAGAGCAGGAAAAGACCCCCCUGCAGCAGAAGCUGGAUGAGUUUGGCGAGCAGCUGUCAAAGGUCAUCUCCCUCAUCUGCAUUGCCGUGUGGAUCAUCAACAUCGGCCACUUCAACGACCCUGUCCAUGGAGGCUCCUGGAUCCGCGGGGCCGUCUACUACUUCAAGAUCGCUGUGGCGCUUGCCGUUGCCGCCAUCCCUGAGGGUCUUCCUGCUGUCAUCACCACCUGCCUGGCCCUGGGCACUCGUCGCAUGGCAAAGAAGAACGCCAUUGUCCGCAGCCUGCCAUCCGUGGAGACCCUAGGUUGCACCUCUGUCAUAUGCUCUGACAAGACGGGAACCCUGACCACCAACCAGAUGUCUGUCUGCAGAAUGUUUGUUGUCAACAAGGCUGAAGGUGACAGCUGCUCUCUAUCAGAGUUCACCAUCACAGGUUCUACCUACGCACCUGAAGGAGAAGUGUACCAGGAUGGUAAACCAGUGAGGUGCACUCAGAAUGACGCCCUGGUUGAACUGGCCACCAUCUGUGCCCUGUGUAAUGACUCCUCUCUGGACUUCAAUGAGGUGAAGGGUGUGUAUGAGAAGGUCGGAGAGGCCACAGAGACUGCGCUGACCUGUCUGGUGGAGAAGAUGAAUGUUUUCGACACAGAAGUCCACAGCCUGUCCAAGAUUGACAGAGCGAAUGCUUGCAACUCUGUAAUCAAGCAGCUGAUGAGGAAGGAGUUCACCCUGGAGUUCUCCAGAGACAGGAAGUCCAUGUCUGUCUACUGCACCCCCAACAAUCGCUCCUCCAUGGGCAAGAUGUUUGUCAAGGGUGCACCGGAAGGAGUUAUUGAAAGAUGUACUCAUGUCAGAGUUGGCAACAGCAAAGUCUUCCUCAGCAGUGCCAUCAAGGAAAAGAUCAUGUCUGUGAUCCGUGAGUACGGGACAGGUAGUGAUACCCUAAGGUGCCUGGCUCUGGCCACAAGAGACAGCCCACCCAAAAUGGAGGACAUGAUACUAUCUGACACUGCCAAAUUCGCAGAGUAUGAGUCGGACCUGACAUUCGUCGGCUGUGUCGGCAUGCUGGACCCUCCCAGACAAGAGGUGGCCGCUUCCAUCACGCUGUGCCGCCAAGCCGGCAUCCGAGUCAUCAUGAUCACUGGGGAUAACAAAGGCACGGCUGUGGCUAUCUGCCGCCGCAUCGGCAUCCUGACCGAGGAGGACGAUGUGCAGCACAUGGCCUUCACUGGACGAGAGUUUGACGAACUCUCGCCCUCUGCUCAGCGCGAUGCCGUGACUCACGCUCGCUGUUUUGCCCGCGUCGAGCCUUCCCACAAGUCCAAGAUCGUCGAGUUCCUGCAAGGAUUUGACGAGAUCACUGCGAUGACUGGUGAUGGAGUGAAUGAUGCCCCUGCCUUGAAGAAGGCGGAGAUCGGCAUUGCCAUGGGCUCUGGCACUGCCGUGGCCAAGUCGGCCUCUGAGAUGGUCCUCGCCGAUGACAACUUUUCUUCCAUUGUGGCUGCUGUUGAAGAAGGCAGAGCCAUUUACAAUAACAUGAAGCAGUUCAUCAGAUACCUCAUCUCCUCCAAUGUGGGGGAGGUUGUCUGCAUCUUCCUCACUGCGGCGCUGGGCUUCCCUGAGGCUCUGAUCCCAGUUCAGCUGCUCUGGGUCAACCUGGUGACUGAUGGCCUCCCUGCCACUGCCCUGGGCUUCAACCCCCCAGAUCUUGACAUCAUGGAGAAGCCUCCUCGUAAUGCGAAGGAGCCCCUCAUCUCUGGCUGGCUGUUCUUCAGAUACCUGGCCAUUGGGUGCUACGUGGGUGCAGCCACAGUGGGAGCAGCCGCCUGGUGGUUUACCGUCUCUGAAGAUGGACCUCAGCUCACCCUGUACCAGCUGAGCCACUUCCUCCAGUGCGCCCCAGACAACCCAGAGUUCGAUGGCCUGGAUUGCCACGUCUUUGAGUCACCCUACCCCAUGACCAUGGCCCUGUCAGUCCUCGUCACCAUAGAGAUGUGCAAUGCUCUCAACAGUCUGUCGGAGAACCAGUCCCUGCUGCGGAUGCCUCCCUGGGAGAACAUUUGGCUCCUGGGGGCAAUCUGCCUCUCCAUGUCCCUCCACUUCCUCAUCCUCUAUGUGGAGCCUCUGCCUGUCAUCUUCCAGAUCACCCCUCUGGACACAACCCAGUGGAUGAUGGUGUUGAAGAUCUCCCUGCCCGUCAUCCUGCUGGAUGAGCUGCUAAAGUUUUUGGCCAGGAACUACUUGGAAUUUGGUAAACAGCUGGAGAAGUCGGCCAGCAAAGGCCACUCUCUGUCUGCAUGCGCCGAGGGCAUCUCCUGGCCCUUCGUGGCCAUCUCCCUGCCCCUGGUGCUGUGGAUCUACAGCACCGACACUAACGUGUCCGCCAUGUUGUGGCCCUGACUGACUCCACUACACCACCCUCCCUGUGCACUAGUGUGAAGUGGACAUUAACACACACAUCUAACACAGUUACAUUAACCCGGAUGAACUCUCAGUCAACACUUGCACCUGCUCUGACAGUCUGUCUUCUGUCAGAUGUUUUGUAUUUAGAACAUUUUCACCAAUACAUGUUGCUGGGCGUGGGGUUGGGGGUUUAGUCAUAUUUUAAUGACUUUGACUGACAUUAUGUCUGAGUGUUUUAUUUUACCAUCACGCUUUUCUCUCUUUUGAUCCCCUAUUUUAAACAGUUAGAGAUGCCCACCGUGUCGGAGCUGUGUGUUGAGCUGUACAGAGAAUUUACACUAUUUUAUAAUAAUUAAUAUUUUGUAAUUUUAAGGUGGGGUUGUUGGGACGAUAAUGCUGGGUGUAAAGAGGAUGUGAUACUAAGGACCGUAUAGUAUAAUACUAAUUUUGGGGUAAAGACUUGAAUAUAUUUGCCCUGGCGUGAAUCUCUAUAGUUAUUUUUGAGCUCCAUGCAUAAUCAUUCAUUAUUUUCUGCAGUAGGCAGACCGCAGCUACCUCAAUGCUGUUAUUAUGACCAUUACUACACAUUUGUCUUAACAUAGAUUUUUUUUUUAGUGUUGAGGUAAGCACCAAUUUGUUUUGCAGUAGAGACAAAGCCCUCACACACAUUUUCAAUAUAUUUACUGUCUUAUUGGAGGAAAGAGAGGGCGAAGAUGUUACCAGUUUGAUUCAGAGCAUUUUUUUUAUAAAGAUUGUUGUUAAAUUUGUUUACUUGAAGAAAACACAAUUUGUCAUGAUCUUCAUUUUUAAGUCUGAAAUUCAAGUUUCUACUUUCAGACUUAGUUUUGCUUUUUAAUUGCGGUAAUCUUUCUAAUGUAUGUAUAAUGUGCACAUACUGUACUUGAAAAUGUAAAAAGGCACCAAGGAGCUGUUAGUCUUAUCAACUGACCACAACAUGGAUGACCGGUCAUUGGAAGAGUCUGUAUAUCUGUACAUAGCACACAAAGUAGAGUCUCUGUAUAGAUAUUUUUUUUGUCGCUGCUGUCAAAAUGCUCCAUACAUUUACACAUGUUUACUUAAGCGUGGUCUUCGCCUUUCUGCAUGCCCGCUCAAAUAAUCCCAGUCUAGUGAGUGCUCUGCUUUUUUUUUUUUUUUUUAGUUUUGAAGCUAAUUGUUGUUUCUUCCAAUGCCUUCCUACUGUUUACCUGCAGACAAAGGCCAAGUAAGCCCACCUCCACUCUGAAUUCCUUGCAGAAACUUUGGUUUUGUUUUGUGUUGUGCAUGUGUGUUUUGGGGCAGCACAUCUUACAAGAGCUGCAUGUCAGUUAAGUAAUAGGAAGACAGAGGCUCAUUAAAGUUCAUACAUUACAUUUUUAUAGACUGGCCAUGAAUAAAUGUUGAUGAAAACUAGCCAAUCCCACCUCAUCAGUGUCCUUCCAUCCUCCUGCAUGAAGAGCCUUAGAGUACAAUACGAUUCAUCUGUUUAGAUAACAAUCUUAGUACCGUGUACAGUAAAUUGUACUGUUUUCCAUGGUGCAUGUCCGCUGAAUCAGCCAUCUAUUCUACCAGACUUGUGUAAUAGACCAUGUAUAGUAUCAGUAAUUAGAAUAGACAUUCGUCAGAUAGUACAAAUGUUAAAUAAGCUCAAAAAAACAGUUCAUCUUUCCUAAGGAAAUACUUUUAUGGGAUAUUUAAAAACCAAACAGCCUUUUUUUCUUUCUUUCUUUCUUUUUUUUUUUUUUUGCUUUGCACUGAUGAGUGCAACAUGUUUGGAGCAGAUUUUGCCAUAUCUGGGAAGGCGGACGUGCAGCGGUGCAGAGAUGCAUACGCUUUACCAUGAGAGCGGCAGGCAGUCCCUCCACUGGCACUUUUUGCCAAACUGCUGUACUGUAUUUUCAGAGAUGAUUGUACAAUGUAUCACAUGAACUUUGUUUUCAGGUAAAUAAAACUGUCAUACAUGAGUUUA